AUACAAUUAUUUAUUUUUUAAAUCACGUGAUAUGUUUUUUAAUAUAGAAAUAAAAUUAUUUAUUUUAAAUGGAGGUCACAUCAUGUGAUGAAUGCACGACGUGCGAUGGCGACGGCUUCCGCCCCAGCAAGUUAAAGGUCUUGCCUUCCUCCGUUCGCACCACCGAGCCCGGGUCGGUCAAGACUGAUGUCGACGACCGGCGACGUCCUCCACCUCCUGGUCUUCCCCUUCCCCGCUCAGGGCCACCUCAUCCCCCUCCUCGACCUCGUCCACCAUCUAUCCCUCCGCCUUCCCGGCCUCUCCUUCACCGUCGUCGUCACCCCCGCCAACCUCCCCCUCCUCGACCACUUCCUCGCCGCUACCCCCUCCGCCUUCCCCCUCGUCCUCCCCUUCUCCUUCUCCACCCUCGCCCCCGGCGUCGAGCACGUCCGCCACCUUUCCCACGGCAACUCCAUCGCCGCCCUCAUCCACGCCCUCUCCUCCCUCGGCCCCGCCGUCGUCUCCUGGGCCCGCUCCCUCACCUGCCCUCCCUUCGCCCUCCUCUCCGACUUCUUCAUAGGCUGGACCCACCACCUCGCCGCCGACCUCGGCAUCCCCCGCGUCGUCUUUUACUCCUCCGGCGCCUUCGGCGUUUCCGUCCUCGACCACGUCUGGCGACAGAUGCCCCCCGCCCCCCCUUCCGGCGCUGCCGCUUCCUCCUCUUCCGUCACCCUCGCCUCUCUCACGUCCGCCCCUUCCUUCCCUUUCUCCCACCUCCCUUCCGUCUACCGCCGCUACAAGGCCGGCGACCCGGACUGGGAGUUCGCCAGGGACUCCUUCCUGGCCAACGCCGCCAGCUGGGGCGCCGUCAUCAACACCUUCGACGCCCUCGAGGGCGACUACCUCGCCCACCUGAGGCGGUCCUACGGCCACGACCGCGUCUGGGCUGUGGGGCCGAUCCGCCCGGCAGGAGCCGUGGGGGGGCGCGGCGGGCGCAGCUCCGUCCCGGCGGAGGAGGUCAUGGCGUGGCUAGACGCGUGCCCGCCGCGGUCGGUGGUGUACAUCUGCUUCGGAAGCCAGUACACACCGACGGAGACCCAGAUCGGCGGGAUCGCGGCGGCGCUGGAGAAGAGCGGGGUCCGCUUCCUGUGGGCGCUCGGCGGGGCUGCGGCGGCGCCGGAGGGGUUCGAGGGGGCGAGAGGGAUGGUGGUGCGGGGAUGGACGCCGCAGGUGGCGAUCCUGGGCCACGCUGCGGUGGCUUCGUUCGUGACUCACUGCGGGUGGAACUCGGUGCUGGAGGGGGUGACGGCGGGGGUGGCGCUGCUGGUCUGGCCGAUGGAGGCGGAGCAGUUCGUGAACGCGAAGCUGCUGGUGGAGGACAUAGGGGUAGCUGUCAGGGUGGGGGAGGGGAGCGGCGCAGAGGGCACGCCAGCCGCUGAGGAGCUGGCGAGGACGCUGGCUGAGUCGGUGGCGGAGGGGGGAGAGUGGCAGGAGGUGAGGGAUCGGGUAGCGGAGCUACGGGGAAGGGCGGUGGCGGCGGUGGCGGAGGGGGGUAGCUCGUACAGAGCUCUGGAGGAGCUGACCAUCCAACUGUCACAGUUGAGUAAAUACACCACGAUUGAGAAGAAUCAACAUCAAUGAGGAGAAGAAUCAAACGUUGACAUUUCAUCUUUCACCUCUAUUCCACCAUAUUUGGUGGCCACAAGAAGCGGCGGAGAUUUACUGUGCACAAUAAUAUCAGGUUCUUCAUCCAUGCCGAUGUCUUCCUUCUUCCCAACGUUGUUAGCAGGACAAGAACGUCACAUGUGAGUUGUCCUCUGCCCUGAACGUAGCAGUAGCUGAAUGGAUGCACAUCACAUCACAUUGGAUGUUCGACGGACUU